AUGCUAGAAGACGACGAGGACGUGAUAAUCUGUCGGCAUUACUGCCCCUCUGGAGUGAAGAGGGUUCUUGCUUCGGGAGGCAGUGCGUUCAUUGGAGAAGUCAACGAUUCCACUAUCUUGAAGUAUCCACUCUCGCCAAACGGCGACAUGAGUCGACUUGAGGUGGAGAAACAGCUCCUCGAAGCCGUCGGGCACCACGAUCGAAUCAUCAAGCUCAAGGGCUCCUCAGCCGUGGGCCUCUACCUAGAGCGCGCCGUGAAGGGAAACAUAUAUCAGUAUCUUGUCGAAUCGACAAACCCCUCCCCACCUACGAUACGCCAACGGCUGUCGUGGUGUCGUGAGGCUACCGAGGCGGUUGUUCACGUUCACUCGAGAAACAUUAUCCAUUGCGAUAUUCAGCCCACGAACCUGCUGCUUGACGACGAUCUCCAUAUCAAGCUGUCGAACUUCCAAGGGAAGCUGCUUUCGCUCGACAAGAAGGUCUUGCUUGACGGGGGUAGCAGUGAGCCCACCCGAUUCUCACGCCCUCGGGACGACAUCGACAAUGCAGACAUCCACAUAGAUCUCUUUGCACUCGGGUGUACAAUCUACUUCAUCAUCAUGGGCAACGCUGUGUACCCCGACAUCAAAGACGGAGAGGAAGGAUGGCACGAGGCGGUCCGGGCCCGGUUUGCAAAGCAGCAAUUUCCCGACGACAUGCCUGUAUGCGCAGACCUGGCCUGGAAGUGCUGGCUAGGCAAAUACGACUCGGCGAAGGAGCUGUUAUCAGAUAUGAUGCUGGUGGAAGCUGCUCAUGCUGAGCCGUAG